UGUCAACACUCAAUUCUCUAAAACCCUACAUUCUCUCACACCUUACAAAUCUCAGCAAUCUCAUCUCUCUUACCCAGAAAAUCUUAUAGCAGUAGCAAUGGUAGUUCCUCUUCGACCUGCCCGAUUUUACGGCCGCAGCCUUCCCCGGCCUAGGUUCUAUACUGACGUGAAGUUCAGCGAUGAGCGUGUCGAUCCACCGAUUCCGGUACUUGAUCCGCUCAUGUCUUGGGCCAGUGAGGCUCACUGGUCCAUGGGUGGUCUUUGCCUGAAUCGCCUUCGCCUUCAGGGGAAGAUCGAGGGGAAUGUGGAGAAGCUUAGGAAACAGAGGGAGAAGUCUUUUAAAAUAAAGAUAAAGAAUAGUCCGUUGAAGGGUGUUGAUUCGCCUCCGCCCGCUCCGAUUUCGAAGAAGCGGAGGCGGAGAGUCAAGGUGGUGGAUGAUGAAGAAGAUGUAGAUGUAGAUGAUGACGACGAGGAGGAUGAGGAAGAGGAGGAGAUUGAAAUGGAGAUUAGGAAGGCAAAGCGAAAUGGAGGAAUGAAGAAGAGGAGGAGGCUUGUGAGGAAGCUUGGGGAUGAUUUUGAGUUGGUUGCUGAUGCGAAUCGGAGGGCCCCAUUGAAGGAUGUGAGCAAUGGUGGUGGGGUUUCGGAAGGCGGUGUCGCGUUGUUGACUAGGAGCAGGAGAUCUAUGGUCUUGAAUGAAGAGGAGGAUGAAGGUGGAUAUGAUAAAAAAAGUUCCAAAUCUGAGAAAGCCAAAGAAAAGGAUGUUGUGUCUAUUACUCCUAAAAAAAUGAGCAAGAAGAAUGGGGAUAAGAAGGGUUCUGUUUCUCCAAAUGGGUCAAGGAGUUCUCCAAGAUUGAAGCAGAAAUCGAAUUAGUUUUAUUUUGGAAUUUGUUAUGCUCAUCUUAGAUGUGAAAGAAACUUUUAUGUGGUAGGAUUGAUGUUUAUAUUAAUGGUAGAAAAGAAAAAUUGUAUUGAGGCUGUUUUGACUAUUGGACUAUCAAUGAAAUGAAAGUGAUGUCAAUUUCAUGGA